AUGGAAUAUCUACGACAUAUCUACGUCUCAAGCAUGGCUUUCAAGCCCGUCUUCAAAUCCGUCUUCAAGCCCAUCUUCAAGCCCAUCUUCAAGUCUAUCUUCAAGCCCGCCUUCAAGUUCAUGGGCAAGGCCGCCGUCUAUGGCAUCGUAGCCAUCGGAGUUUGGGAGGCCUUGCUCGGAUGCCCUUCAGCAAGGAUGACGAGGAAACUCAUUCGUGAAAGAGAUGCAUGGGACCCAACGCAAGCGGGACAGGAUGGCGUUUGUCUGUACGUGAACAUCUGGGCUAUGAGCUGGUGGCACUGCUCCAUUCGAACCCCCGCGAAGUACAUCGCGAAGAGAGUCAAGGCUACGGCGGCCAAGGCCAAGCGAUCCUACAUUCGAGGCUGGAUUACCAGAAACCGAAACAGCAACACCAGCAACACCAGCAACACCGGCAACACCGGCAACACCGGCAACACCGGCAACACCGGCAACACCAGCCCCUCCACCGGUGCGCAGCGGUAUGAUUCUGACUUUGAAGAUAUCCGCGUCCAGGAAGCUUAUUGA